GCGAGGCAGUGCCGGCAGCAUGAGGAGCGGCGGCGCCGCUGCAGCCGCUGGGUCCGCGGGACAGGCGCAGCAGGAAUAACAUGUGUGGAAGUACUUGCUAUUGUUGAUCACCUGUACCCCAGCACGAGAGCUCCAGCUUAAUCAUUCUCUGCUCUCAGAACAUGGAGGAAAAUGAUGAUGAAAAAUACAAUCAAGCUGGCCAGAUAUUUGAAAACUUUGUACAAGCAUCAACAUGCAAAGGCACCAUUCAGGCCUUCAAUAUUCUCACUCGCCAACUUGACUUAGAUCCUUUGGACAACAGAAACUUUUACACCAAACUAAAAUCAAGAGUUACCACAUGGAAGGCCAAAGCUUUGUGGAACAAGCUUGAUAAGAGAGCAAGUCACAAAGAGUAUAAACGCGGGAAGUCUUGUAUGAACACUAAGUGUUUAAUUAUUGGAGGUGGCCCCUGUGGCCUGCGGACUGCCAUAGAACUUGCCUUCCUGGGAGCCAAGGUUGUCGUUGUGGAGAAGAGGGACACUUUCUCCAGGAACAAUGUGCUGCAUCUCUGGCCCUUUACCAUCCACGACCUUCGGGGACUGGGAGCAAAGAAAUUCUAUGGCAAGUUCUGUGCAGGAUCUAUUGAUCACAUCAGUAUUCGACAGCUUCAACUCAUCCUCUUCAAAGUUGCCCUUAUCCUUGGAGUGGAAAUUCACGUGAACCUGGAAUUCGUGAAAGUCCUGGAGCCUCCUGAAGAUCAAGAAAACCAAAAGAUGGGUUGGAGAGCUGAAUUUCUCCCCAUGGAUCACCCUUUGUCAGAGUAUGAAUUUGAUGUUAUCAUUGGUGCAGAUGGCCGCAGGAACACCUUGGAAGGCUUCAGGAGGAAGGAAUUUCGUGGAAAGCUGGCUAUAGCAAUCACUGCCAAUUUUAUAAACAGAAAUACAACUGCAGAAGCCAAGGUAGAAGAAAUCAGUGGGGUUGCUUUCAUCUUCAAUCAGAAGUUCUUCCAGGACCUGAAAGAGGAAACGGGGAUUGACCUGGAGAAUAUUGUUUACUAUAAAGACAGCACGCAUUAUUUUGUGAUGACAGCAAAAAAGCAGAGUCUUCUGGACAAAGGAGUGAUUAUUAACGACUCUGUUGAUACCGAGCUGCUGCUCUGUGGGGAAAAUGUGAACCAGAGCAAUUUGCUGUCCUACGCCAGAGAAGCUGCUGACUUUGCAACCAACUACCAGCUGCCUUCCUUGGAUUUUGCAAUUAAUCAUUAUGGCCAACCAGAUGUAGCAAUGUUUGAUUUUACCUCCAUGUAUGCAUCUGAAAACGCUGCGCUGGUGAGAGAGAGGCACAGACAUCAGCUCCUGGUGGCUCUUGUUGGAGAUAGUUUGCUUGAGCCCUUCUGGCCGAUGGGCACUGGUUGUGCAAGAGGCUUCUUGGCUGCCUUUGACACGGCGUGGAUGGUGCGGGGCUGGGCGCAGGGGAGGCCCCCGCUGGAGAUCCUGGCUGAACGAGAGAGCAUUUAUCGACUCUUGCCUCAGACAACCCCUGAAAACAUUAAUAAGAACUUUGACCAGUACACCAUUGACCCGGGAACAAGAUACCCAAACUUGAACUCGAGCUGUGUUCGACCUCACCAGGUGAGACAAUUAUAUGUUACCAAUGAGCUACAGCAGUGUCCUCUUGAAAGAGUGAGCUCCAUCAGAAGAUCAGUGAACCUCACAAGACAGGAGUCAGAUAUUCGGCCUAACAAGCUUCUGACGUGGUGCCAGAAGCAGACGGAGGGAUACCGAAAUGUCAAUGUCACUGACCUGACCAGCUCCUGGAAAAGUGGCCUUGCUCUGUGUGCCAUCAUCCAUCGCUUCAGGCCUGACCUCAUUGACUUCGAGGCCCUGAACGAGGAGGACGCGGUGAGGAACAACCAGCUGGCCUUCGACGUGGCCGAGCGGGAGUUUGGGAUCCCCCCGGUGACCACGGGCCAGGAGCUGGGCUCGGCCGGGGAGCCCGACAAGCUCAGCAUGGUGCUGUACCUGUCCAAGUUCUACGAGCUGUUCCGCGGCACCCCUCUGCGCGCAGUCGAUGCUGCUGAGAAGCAAAAUGGAGAAAAUAAUGAUCCUGGUUCACCAAAAUCAUCAAAUUUCAUCUUUAAUAAUCAUAUCAAUUUAACUUUACCAAGAAAACGAGUACCAAAGGCUGAAGGGAAAACAGAAGAAAAUGAGACGAACAAGAGGCGUCGGAAAGGCCUCUUUGGUGUCUUUGAGCAGACUUCAGGCUUUCCAAGCCAGGGGACAAACAAUGGGAAAGAACAGAGUGAAUGCAGAGAAGGAAUGAACCAGAACAAAGUCAAAUCAAUGGCAACUCAGCUGCUGGCAAAGUUUGAAGAGAAUUCUUCCAAUACAAUUCUGAGGAGACAGAAAAGAGCUCAGACCAUAGCAAAUAGGGAAUUCCAUAAAAAGAACAUUAAAGAAAAAGCAGCACAUCUCGCCUCAAUGUUUGGAUACAUGGAGUUUCCAAAGAAUAAGCUACCUACUAAAGGCUUACCCCAUUCUCAGCCCCCAACUCCCUCUUGCCCUCCACCUCAUCAUUCAGCUGUUGCUGCUUCAUCAUCUGUUGGUUCAGCUUCCUCUGCUGUUUCUUCUCAACAGAUGACUGUAGGAAAGGUCUCACGUGCAAUUGGAGCUGUGGCUGAAGUUCUUGUAAAUCUGUAUGUGAAUGAUCACAGACCCAAGCCACAGCUUGAACUGAAGCGGUCUCUGGACAGAGCUGCAGGUUCUUGCCCCAUUCCUCACUUUCCAUCUGCUGCCUCCACCACUCAGGGCUGUCAGGGUUCUCUGCGAAAAGAAUUCCCCAAGUCCAUUGGGGGCAGUGACAUCUGCUAUUUCUGCAAGAAACGGGUCUAUGUCAUGGAGAGGCUGAGUGCAGAAGGCCACUUCUUUCACAGGGAGUGCUUCAAGUGUGAAAUCUGUUCUACAACACUCCGCUUAGGAAUUUAUGCCUUUGAUGUUGAAGAAGGUAAAUUUUACUGUAAACCUCAUUUUACGCACUGCAAAAUCAGUACGAAACACAGAAAGAGAAGGGCAACAAUACAGAUCCAUGGAAAGGAGGCGAUAGAUGCGUGGAAGAAAGCGGAAGCCAAACCCACAGAGAUCACCACAGAAAGCAGUUUGUCCACUGCUAGCAGUCCAGAGGACAGGUCCCCAGGUAUCCUGACUUCCUUCUUGGGGGGCACGCUAAGCUGGCCCCUGCGGGUGACCAGGGAUCUGCUUGACAUUCCCAGCCGCCUGUCUAACUGGAUGCAUGGUUUCCUGCACGCUACCCACCUCCAUUUCAGGGACAAUGCAUAUAACUAUACCUACCUGUACGAACUCCUGAGCCUUGGGGUGCCACUCCUCUGUGCUCUCCUAGAGGUACUCACUCACAUGUACCGGGAAGCAGAGCUAUCACUUGAAAACGUGCUUGAAUGGGUGAAAAGAUUCUGUAGGGUUUGAAUCUUUCUGUGUGUCUUGCUCAGUUGUGCCUUUCAAAUUUUCAAAAUUAACAGCCUGGCUAUUUUCUCGAGGGAAAUUUUUGGUUUGGAGGGCUUUGUUUUUGCUCUUCGUGCAAUGUGACGCAUGACUUCAUUGAACGGUGGAUUCCUUCUGAUAGAAGCGAGGUACAAUUGAAAUUUUCAACACAAAAUGUACUGUAUGUUAGAGCAUGAAGGACAGUGUCCAAACACAUUUCUAGAACAUGGAGUCAGAUGAAGGAUAUUUUCUAGAUUAUUUUUCCCCAUUUUAUUCUGUGAUCAGACUGUUGGAGAAGAUGGUACAUUUUGAAACCGUUUUUCUUCCUUUUCUGCCCAGCUUAUUUUUUUCUUUUUUCAGUUAGACCAUGAAAAAAUAUGUGUUCUUUCAGGAAUAUUUCUGACAAAUGGCUGGGAUUUGAUACCUGAGUAAAGCACAUAGCUUUUUUUUCUUCUUGCUUUCAUCUUUGCUCUAGGUUAUGAGAUUUUUACUUGCGUUAAUAUGUUUCAAAAAAAUAGUUUACAUAAUUCACAUUGCUUCAAGUCAAAUGCCUUUUACAUUGCUUUACAUGUGAUGGAUACCUUUUGUUGAUAGUGGGUACUAUCUGUUCUACUAAUUUAUUUGAAGUUUUUCAAUAAAUUUGAAGAGCAAAUGAUAGUUGAGUGAAGACUUGAUUGAAAUUUUAAGUCAAAGAAACUGGUAGAAAGAAGUAGGCAGAACAUUCCUCAAGUCAAGGCUUCCUCAUUUGGUGGCUGAUAUGAGGCAUAUCAAUUUAUGGAGCACUCCUCUGUAAGUGAAGUCACUCCUGUUGUGCCUCUGAGCAGGCACUGCUCCCAGUCUCUUCUGGAAUUUUUUAAAAAUGCAGGUUUAGAACAAACAUCAAAAGCCAAAAAAUGUAUUCUUAAGCGAUAACUUCUUACUUGGGUAAUUCAUUUCAAUGUGUGCAGCUGGUGGCAGAAAGGUGAAAUUCUAAUUUCUGGAGCAGCAGAUGAGUAAAUUUCUUUCAGAUGUCCCUCAACCUUAGACUAGAUUCAGAAGGCCUACCUUAAUCUGUUAAACAGCAAGGACACAGUGACAUCCCAAUGCUCAUUACUUUCAGCCGAGUUAGCCAGCGAGGUAAGCAUGCUCCCUGCCUUUCAAGUACUUAUUUAUAUUCAGAAGGUUACCAGGAAAUAGGUAAAUCCAAUAUGUGUAGCCUAAAAUGAAAAAGCAUCUGUAGCAAUUUUUGUAGCCAGAAGAAUGUGGCAUAAACAAUAGGAAAUACUGUUGCAUUCAGUUAGUACCAAAAUUGAGGAUCACCUGCCAGUGGUCUCAAAUGACAGUGCUGCCUAUGGGCUGGCAGGCCUUGGGGUUUGUUUUGUUUUGAUUUGAUUUGAUUUCCUAUAAUGUGGGAAAAGAUGGUUUGAAUUGUUUUGCCUCUUAGGUAUCAAAAGGAAAUGUGUCUGCUGUUUAAAAUAAAUGACAAACUGGAUCUUCCUUCUAGAUAGUUUGACUUUCUUUAAACUAUGAGGAUGAGCUUUCCACAUUUUAGAGUGAUUAUGUAUUUUGGGGUAAAAAUUGUUAUUUUUAUGCACAGAACUUGAAAAAGUGCUUGAAGAAAAUUAUUAGCUAUAAGGUAGCAUUCCUUUGACAAAAAUUGCCUUUAAUGCUCAAACAUGUAUUCAGCCAAACCUUGCUAUGACAUUGAGUGGACGCAGCAAUAAUUACAGUUACAUGGUGGCCAUCUGUAUAUAUGUAAUGUAUCUGUACCUUUCUUACAGCAUUUAAAAAACCUGACCUGGAAACACUGCACUAUCUUUAAUUAUUUUCUAAUGAUAGAAGCUGUUUCACCCUAAAAAGGAGGCAGUCUGCAGUGUAGUUACUCCUGCAGCACAGCAAACUGCUGGGCGGUCGAGUUUCCAAAUUUGGGCUGCCAUCAAUUUUGGUUUCAGUUUGUCAAUAGGAGAGUCUUUAGGAACACUUCUUCCUAAAGUUUUCUCCUGCUGUUUACUAUGGCAGAGAGAGCAUAAGGGUAAACGUAGGGAAAAUGGUGAUGUACAAGAUUUUUUUGUACAAGAUGUAGAAGAUUUCCAAGAAACUUGGAAAUCUCUGGCCAAUGAACUUAAAACCAAAUGAAUCUUACUAGUAGAAAGUGUAAAAACAAGAUUAAAAAAAAUGGUAUUGAUUUUAUACAGAUUUGUAUAAUGGGGCAUAAAUCCCUACAUUUCCACAACAGAGUUCAGGAACUUGUGUAAUGAAAAUGUUUUCCUGAGGAAUCUUAAUUACCAUGCAUAUUCCACUGGGAUUUUGCAGAUGAUUCUGUUGGGAGGGUUAUUUUAUUGGUAUUAGUCCAAUUGCUUGAUUUUUUGACUUCUUCAUCUUACUGUUCUGCUAGUAAUACUCAUACCUGCUUGUCCUCAUUGAUAAUUGAAUGAAAAAAGGCAGUUCCAUUUUGGCCAGUUAUUUUUUGUACCAAUGUAAUCUUCCUGAUGCUUUCCUACAUAACCAAGUGAAGUUCUGUGUUUUCUUCCCUGCUGUCUUCUCUGCCAAUCUCCCUCAUUGCUUUUAGUCCAAUUCAACAUUCCGGUGCUGCACCCGCUCACUGGCUGAAGCCUUUCUGCUCUCAGGUGAUUUUUUUUCCAGUUCCAAAAUUACAUGACUAACCCUGUUGUUUGAAAGCAUUUCAUUGUGUGUUCUUGUUUUUUGUUUUUUUUAACUGUUGGAGCAAUCUGUGUGUCUGGUAUAUUAAUGGAGCUUUGGCAUGAUUAUUUAACCUGUUGCUGAGUUCGCAGUUCUAGAAAAAGUAAUGUUUUUCUCUCUGUGUCUGUGCAUGUGCGCUUCCCUGUGCCUUUAAGGUAAGUUAGGCAGUAAAGGGUUUCUUGAAAGAACUUGUUAAAGGCUUAUUUCUUUCAAAGAACUGAAGGAAAGAUCUAAAAUAAGGUCAGGGUGUGAUUGCCCAGCUGAUUCUCUGGGUUAACAUGAGCACCUGUUUGCACUGAGCUCACACACCCAAUGAGCAAGCAGUGUCUGAGCACGUCCCUGCUUUCCUACUGGAAAAGUGUGGUGUAAAAGGUUCUGUAGGCAACGUAGCCUAAACUAUGCAAGUUCUAGUCUUCCACCCCAAGUGACAUUGUAGACAGGCCUAAAAUUGACUGUUAUUUUACAUAGUAACAUAUGUCAUAAAGGUAAUAAGUUCAAAGUGCAUGUGGUUCUCAGGCUGAACAUGUACCAACAUGCCAGAGUGCUUUGGUUUGGGCGGUUUUAUUGCCUGGGCCUUGCCUGGCACUCUGAUGAUUGGGUUUCUCUUGCUGCACGAGACGUUGCCGCCCCUCUCCAUGACCAGCUCCCCCCAUUGUUUUGUGUCUAUUUUUUACAUAAGGUCCAGUUUGUAUAAUCACUAGGUGACAGUCUAGAAGGGGAAAUGAAACCCAGCAGGAACCAAGGGCUCAGGCUGACCAGCAAGUCCACUGAGGGUCUGGCUGAUGUAGUCAUAACCCAGCUGUCCCUGCCAUGGACCCCUCUCAAAGGGAAGGGCCUUUGGGAAUUGAUCUUAGGAGCAGUUUUAGGAGGGGCCAGACAUCCUCUGCCAUCUGCUCCAUUUCACACACCUCAGCCAGGAAGGUGGAAGGCAGCAGGGCCAGAGCCCUUACCUUGCUGGUCUGCACAUUUGCACGACUCAGCCACUUGUAUUUAUUUGUGUGGGUAUCCUAAAAUGACUUGAUGGCUCUGAAAGUCCCCACGCUGUGCCCACACAGAAUCUCUCAGUGUUUCAAACGCCAUUUCCUGCACAACUGGCUGGGAUGUGACUCCCAGUGUAUUUCAGGGCUGCAGUGUGUUGUUACAAAGCUCAGCAUGCUUUAAUAUGAAGGUCAUGACAUAAAGGUCUGCCAUUUCAAACCACUUCCUAUUGCUGUGUUUUUUACUCUCUGUUGCAGAGUCUUCCUUGCUCUUCCUGCUCAGUGAGGAUUCUGUCCUUCUCCUCCUAAAUCUUCUGUAUCCAUUUUACUUUAUAAUCUUAACUGAAUAUUUUUAUUAAAUAGUUUUUAACUCUGUAUUUAAAUUUUCACAUGGAAAUUCUGUAUUUUGCACAUGGUGAAAAUUGUUUUAGCUUUAUUUAUGAUAUCUGCUGUAAACAAAAAUAAAUGUAGUUCUUUAUAA